AAUCUGACUUUGGUUGACUGUUAGGCUCCGUGGCAUGAAAUUCAUCAAUAUUAAUUGAUUUUGCUUAUCAGUUUGCCAUAUGGAAAUACACAUGGAUGAUGAUGAUCAGUGUAAUCGAGCCGUAACGUCAAUAUUUAUCAUUGAAAACAGAUCAAAAGGCGCACUCCAUCCUGAUUGUACCACCACCCCUCCUCCCCCCUCAUCUCUGCAAUGACUACUUCCACUGAAGCAUAUUCACCUCGUGCUUCAACAGAGUUAUAUUUGCCUCUUGCCAUCGUGCCACUGCAAGAUGCCAAUGCAACGCCAAUCUCAUUACCUGGUCAUAAUUCCAUAACUAAUGGCACUCCGCUACCAAGCGUCGAACAGUCAUCCCAAAACCCACCAAACAACUGUAUCAUGAUGAUACAGAGCAAUUAUAUUGCGGAAGGGGGAACCAUCAAUAUAUUUUCAAGUCACUGCAACGGUUCCACCGUCACCAAGUUAGAACACGUUACCGCAACUGCAGAGCCCACGCCCUUGGAGCCUCCGUCAGCGAUGCAGGCAGAACCUACACAUGGUCAUGAAAGUAUAGUAUUGAGCGGCAACACAUUUGGCGAGUGCGUCAUGAUAAACAUAGGAUCGCCAAAUUGUACUGGAGCUGUCAAACAAAUCGCUCUUGCGUCUUGAACGUCUAGCGGAAUGGAAUAAGGGCUGAUGUUGAAUGUACUAGUC